AUGGACGUCCGGUUCCCGGAGCCUGGGGAGCUGUUUUGCUUCUCUGCAAUCUCCGAAUCGAGAUGCCAGGGCUUAACAGGGAUACAAUACGUCAUGGCGUACAUCCCCAGUGCUUUGGGGAUCCUCCUCAUACCAACCCUUUUGACGGUAGCGUACACUCGUCCUCGGUCCACUCUGAUACUAUUGUCAAUCGAGGUCCUCCUGACGAUUGCUCUCUCAACAUGGGAUUUUGCGGUCCACAUAGACGCGCCCAAAGCCCAAAACAUCGCCGUCAACGACACCGCCAUAGCCAUCAUAUCAGCCCUCCCGAACCUCUUCUCCCUCUUAUUCUGCACGUCCCACAUAAUCACCGACCUUCGUCCUCUUCUGCCUCCCGUCCUGCGAGCCGACACCACAACUCACGGUUUCGUACUCCUCAUCGCGCCGCUGGUACCGAUAGCGUUUGUCGUCGAGCUGCUGUCAACAUUCUUGCUGUUGGACUAUGCUCAGCAGCUGAGGACGAGCCUCGUCGGCUUCGAAACCUCAUCUGACUUGGGCCUCCAUAACAUCUUGACUUGGAUCGCUGCGGGCACCUCAAUGGGGUUUAUAGCCUUCACGAUCCUGAUAGGCAUCCUCAUCUUGACGAAUAGCAAGACCCGAUACAGUCGCAAAAUCAAAAACAUCACUCGAUGGGGUGAGCGUGCUAUUCUGUUCGGAUUGCUCAUCGCCGCUGUCGAUAUUGGCCUUUCUUUGGUGCCCGUUGUGUACCCACUCAUUGUCGCCAGACACGCCAUCCAAUUUGUCUCGAGAAUCUUCAUAGCAUUCGGGCUGCUGGGAAUCUACCGCUAUGAGAUGGGAGGCUGGGGUGAGAUUGGAGACAGCUAUACAGCGUUCACCGACGAUAAGAGACGUCCCGCAUCUAUCGCUUCUGUCUCCACUUUCGGCACACCUCCCAUCUACCCUCUCCCUACUGGCCAGAGACCCGACAUGUACGUCUUACCUGGUAAGACGGGACCCCCCACAAAACCGCAAGCUGGGACGUACGUUUUGCCCGGUGCUUCCUUUGCCGCUCGGAGAAAGGCCUCUCAGAAACGAAAAGGCAACAAACCACGAGGAGCUCCUUCAAAACUCGUGAUUGGAGGUCCAAUUCCGGGGACGUUCCAGAGACUUGCUGGCGGCGAAACAAGAGACUUUUACAUGCUGAAUAGUGCCAAGUUUGGAGGAAUGGCGGGAGCCCAAGCCGGUGGCAUUGGGAGAGGUCUGGCAGCUGCCGGAACCACAGGAAUGAUGGGGGCUGUCUCGAGAUUAGGCAUGGAGCGAGUGACUUUGAGAACACCUGCUGGGAGAGGGCCAAUGCUUUCGAUCGUUUCCUCGACGUUCUCGGCGCUUGAGCCCAUCACUCGAACUCGCUCGGAGCAACCUGCCAUUGAGCCUGGACCCGGGACCGCCAUUUCCUCCACAGCACUCACUGUCAAAAAGUUUACGGGUUCCAUCUACGCCCCUUCUGCCAUCUCUGUCGAAGCCAGCGAGCUCCACCGAUGGCCGCCCGAAGGUUUGGUGAGGCUGAAGGGUCUGGAAGAAGAAAAGGAGCGGGCCUUUGAGGGUAUUGACAUGGAGGAGAAGGAGAUUGAGGGUGUUGGGACAGGAGUGCUCAGAGCAAGUAGAAUGGCGAGCGAGAUGGACAUGGUAGAGAAGGCCUGGAUGGCCGGAGACCUUGCCCGCGCGAGCCCCGUAGUGGAUGACCGCGAUAUCCAGCUUCGGCAGACGGCCCGCUUUCUCACCUCCGAGUCACUCACGCCCACCGGACAGGUCGAUUCCCCUGCCCCCAUUGCUCGGCAGCUCCCCACCGCGGGGCUGAUACAAGAGCCACUGAUACCGGUCAAGUCGUACUUUACGUCCAAGAAUCCCAGGGCAUCUGUAAUGGCUUCGGUGCUUUCUGGGCAUACACGCAAUGGGUCCGGUGGAAGUGGGACAUCGCUGAUGGCGAACGAGGCAGUCCGAAUGCCUCAGCCUGCCAUGGUGACGGAGAGGGAGGAAGUGCAGCAGCUAGCCAUGCGUCCCCGGCCACCUAUACCUCUGGCGAUGAGGCAGCCAUGGAUACCACAACGCCAAAUCUCAGACCCACUAAAAGCUAUCCGCGCCAACGCUCGGGCAAACUCCUCUUCGCCCAUUUUGAGCGAGACUUCACCCACCCUAGGCACUUGGGAGAAGAACAAUCGACGGACAUUUGCGUCGUCCAUUUCAGCCUACUCCAAUCGGUCAGCAGUGUCACCCCCAGCCGAAGCAGACUUCAAUCUCUUCUAUGCCGCGCCCACCGAAACGCCCGACAACAGCCCUCCUAGAGAUAGUGCUCUAGCGACCGCAGCCGCAGCCGCCGAGAUUGUCAAUUCAGACAUGUCCCAGUACCAAAAAUAUUCGCAAACCCUCCGAGGGUCGCAGGUGAAGAGCGUGAUGCGGUUACAAAAGGAGGCCGGGCUGGACGAGUUUGAUUAUGAUAGACUGGAGGAAAGCGAUAGCGAAGAUAGGCAGGACAAAGGGUGGCGCAUGAGCCUGAAUUCGUUAGACAGUGAGGAUCUGACCCCGAGAGCAGAGGCGCCGAGUUUUGCAGCUUCGCAGAGGAAAGGGAGGAGACCAGAUAGAGAGGGCGGUAACAUGAUCUAA